CAGACACACAAUUAAAACACACGUAUUGAAUCAUUAUUUGCUUCGUCGAGCCUACUAGUCUUGUGUCUAUGCGUUGCAUAUAGUAUAUGUAUAUGCAUACAAUUAUAAAUAGAGACUACACCAACACCAAAACUCUUUCAUAUUCAAUAUUUCUCAUUUUGAACCCAAAAAACAAAAAAACAGAACAAGAAAAAGAAUGUCGAGCAGAGUCCAUGAAAGGGGCAUGGAGAUGGAUGAGGAAGGCUCUACAAAGAUGAAGAUGAAGACGAAGGUUUUAGAACUUCCAACGAAGAUCAAGAAGAUUCUAAAGAGUAUAUGGAAAGUUGGAAAAGAUGAUCCUAGGAGAGUGAAACAUGCUUUAAAAGUAGGAGUUUCUUUAACACUUGUGUCCUUAUUGUAUCUCAUGGAGCCUCUCUUCAAAGGCAUUGGAAAUAGUGCUAUUUGGGCAGUCAUGACCGUCGUGGUCGUCCUCGAGUUCUCUGCCGGUGCCACGUUGUGCAAAGGGCUUAAUAGAGGAUUAGGGACACUAAUUGCUGGAUCUUUGGCAUUUUUCAUCGAAUUUGUCGCUAAUGAUUCCGGCAAGAUUUUCCGAGCUAUUUUCAUUGGCGCUGCAGUUUUCAUAAUCGGAGCGCUGAUAACCUAUUUGAGAUUUAUUCCAUACAUAAAAAAGAACUACGAUUACGGCAUGCUUAUAUUUCUCUUGACGUUCAAUCUAAUAACAGUGUCGAGUUAUAGAGUUGAUACGGUGAUUAAAAUUGCACAUGAGAGAUUCUAUACUAUAGCCAUGGGUGUUGGCAUUUGCCUACUCAUGAGCCUUUUGGUUUUUCCUAUUUGGUCUGGUGAGGACCUUCACAAAUCCACCGUCGCUAAGCUCCAAGGCCUCUCUUAUUCCAUUGAAGCAUGUGUGAAUGAGUACUUUGAAGAGGAGGAGAAAAACGAAGAAACAUCAGAUUUAUCAGAAGACACUAUCUAUAACGGAUAUAAGACUGUUUUGGAUUCCAAAUCCGCCGAUGAAGCACUUGCAAUGUAUGCAAGUUGGGAGCCAAGACACACAAGACAUUGUCAUAGAUUUCCAUGGAAACAUUAUGUUAAAGUUGGAUCUGUUCUUCGUCUGUUUGGUUACACUGUUGUUGCUCUUCAUGGUUGCUUAAAAACCGAAAUUCAGACUCCGAGGCCUCUUCGUGGACUCUUCAAGGAUCCUUGCGUAAGACUAGCCGGAGAAAUCUGCAAGGUUUUGUCCGAACUCGCUGCAAGCAUUAGAAACCGACGUCACUGCUCGCCGGAGAUUCUUUCCGACAGUCUCCAAGUGGCAUUACAAGAUCUCAACACAGCCAUUAAAUCCCAACCUAAACUCUUCCUCGGCGCUAACCAAACCGGCAACGUUUCUCAAGGCAAUAGCGGUAGACAUAACCCUAACGUUGCAGUUUCACAACACAUCAAUAAAGACACAAACGAUGCUGCUUCACAUCAAACCGUAUCACGUCUUGAGCAAAACACUGGAACACCACGCGGGGAACGCUUGUCACGUUUUGGACCAAACGUCUCGUUUUCUAGAUUGAGGGCUGAUACGUUAGAACGGAGAUCCGCUGCAGCGAUUAACGAGAGGAAGAUCCUGAGGCAACAGUUGAGCAAGAUUGUGGUGAUGACGAGUCUUGAAUUCUCUGAGGCGUUACCGUUUGCUGCGUUUGCGUCACUUCUAGUGGAAAUGGUUGCUAGGCUUGACAAUGUGAUAGAGGAAGUGGAGGAACUAGGAACGAUCGCCUGCUUUAAGGAGUAUGAUAACAACGUUGAUCAGAAGGAUGUGGAGGUCCGAGUCGAGAAACCGGUUGAUCUAGUGGUUGGCGUAGAGUGAAAAUGCUGUUGCGAACAGUUUUGGUUUGGACCAUAUCCAUGUCGCUAGUAACCAACAUCAUGAUCUUUAAAACUAUUUUUGGUUAGGUGGCUAGCUAGCUAUACGUACUACACCAAUUGAGCUACAUAUUCCGGGUUAUAGUUUAUGAUAAGAUUUAGGAAGUUAUAAAUCGAACUAAUCGGUA